AUGCACUUAGGAGGCUCUAUUAAAGCGACAAAAGCAGACCCUACUGCGAAAGAAGAUGUUUUUGCCAACUAUGACUUGCUUUCGGUGGUGAUAUCGUCGCUGAAAGAUACCACCGAGGGACGAGCGGUUCUCUCCAAAGCGGCGCUCGUCUGCAAAUCCUUCAGGGAGCCAGCUUUGGAUGCUCUUUGGGAGAAAUUGGACUCUUGCGUUCCCCUCCUGAAGCUACUCCCAAAUCUUAAGGAAAGCGAAUCGACUUACUACUUUUACGGAGAUAUUGCGUCGUCUUCCUUCGCUGAAUAUGCGAGAAGGGUUAGAGAUCUGACUCUCCGGGACGUUGAAGAGCCGGUCAAGGUCUCCGGCCAGCUGUUCGCGCGGUUAGCCAAACAACUGCAAGGGCAGCCUCUCCUCCCCGGGUUAAGACACAUCCGGAUAGAUUCCCUUGGAGGAUUCACCUCGGACGUGUUGGAGCUCCUUCCUUCCCCCUCCAUUCAAUCAGUCGAGUUUCGCGGAAAGUCGCUGGCGCGAUCUCGUUCCAACCCCUAUUCUCGCGAUCCCUGCGAGUCGUAUCCAUACCUCCCGAUUUUCCCAUCUUUCACCACCGACCUUCCUUCUGUGACGAGGCUUGUCCUCGACCAGAGCGAGCGAUUACAUGACGACGUGCUUACGACAGUACUGGGGCUCAGUAGCCUCCGUACACUUGUCCUUCAGCUACCUGGUACACCCAUCAAUUCUGAGUUCCUAAUUUCCCUGCACCAACAGCUCCCUCAGUUGCGGAACCUUUCCUUGGACUUGUCCCUCAUACACCCAUCUAAUAGGUGUCCCCAAUCACUGCCGAUCAAAGACCAGUGGCUUCCAGACCUAGAAACCUUUCACUUCACCCUUCGUCAUGGAUCAACAUGUCAUUUCACCACCAAAGGUCUCGUCUUUUGUCCCUCUAUCCGUCAUCUGGGCCCUAUACAACGCAUCACGGCUGUAACGCUGCUUGUCACGAGAGUAUCAGUCUCCUUCGAGGAUUUCGUACGAACACUCUGCUCCGCGCCCAACCUUCGGCGGAUCAAGUUCACACAGGGCAAAGAAGAUUCCGCCAUCCACCUGUUAACCGCCGGAAUAAUCAGGUUCCUGGAUCUACCCUCGUUGGAGGAGAUUAUUGUGGACACAGACCGUAUGGGAGUAUCUAGGACCGGCGAUGGGACCAUGGUCCAAACUUUGGUUGAUGCAGCCUACAAAUCGUGGAAGCGCGACGGGAAAGCGACUAUUCGGAAACUCGUUUUGCCAAACCACGAAGAAUGCUGCGCUUCCCCGAGCGACCUGGAGUACAUUUCGCGCCACGCUGUGGGACUGGAACACUUUUCAAUCUCGGUGGACACAGGGGGCUUUCAGUGGACUUCCGUGUUGAGCAAACCGCCGACUUUGGACUACAUCAAGACGAGCACCGUUCGUCAUUUGGAAAUCGGGGAUUGGCGCUCGAAUAAGGAGUUUACGUUGAUGGAGAACAGCUAUAUGGCCCAAUGGUUGGAUAGGGUGUUUCCGAACUUGGAGAGUCUGACGCCGUAUACCGAUUCGCGAGGCAAAUGUGCGAACUAUGUAGAGAAUUGGUUUUUCAUUGAACAUUUGAGGAAGAAGGAAAAGGCUUCGCGAUGCUUCUUUAGUUACUAGUUGGAAGCCGUCAACCCCUCAGUACUGUUUGUAACGACAGGCCUUUAUACAUUUCUUGCUCCCUUC